UCCGGUUAAUGUCACUGGUUCAACAGCAGUGGACAACAGCACAGGAGUUGAGGGGGAGGUCCGCCUGAAAUUCAAGAAAAUGUUCGCUUGGUUAAUGGAGGAAACGGCUCCUGCUCUGGCAGGGUGGAGAUCUUCCACAGUGGGCAAUGGGGGACAGUGUGUGAUGAUUCUUGGGGCCUGGAGGAUGCUCAGGUGGUAUGUAGGCAGCUGGGUUGUGGUAGGGUCCUCUCUGCACCAACUAAUACACAAUUUGGACAAGGCACAGGGCCUAUCUGGAUGGAUGAGGUUGGAUGCACAGGAGGGGAAAUCAACCUAUUCGAGUGUCAUCACUCAGGGUUAGGAUCUCAUGACUGCAGCCACAAAGAAGACGCUGGUGUCAUCUGUCAAGACCCUGGAUUUCCUUAUUCCACACCUGCGUCAAGAACACAGACCUCUCCAGCUUUUCGGGUUAAUGUCACUGGUUCAACAGCAGUGGACAACAACACAGGAGUUGAGGGGGCGGUCCGCCUGGUAAAUAGCAUUCAUGGCUCCUGCUCUGGCAGGGUGGAGAUCUUCCACAGAGGCCAGUGGGGGACAGUGUGUGAUGAUUCUUGGGGCCAGGAGGAUGCUCAGGUGGUAUGUAGGCAGCUGGGCUGUGGUAGGGUCAUCUCUGCAUCAACUAAUGCACGAUUUGGUGCAGGCACAGGGCGCAUAUGGAUGGAUGAUGUGCAUUGCACAGGCAGGGAAUCCAACCUAUUUGAGUGUCGACACUCAGGGUUAGGAUCUCACAACUGUGGCCACAAUGAAGACGCCGGUGUCAUCUGUGAAGAAAUUCAGGUAAAUGUUCGCUUGGUUAAUGGAGGACAUGGCUCCUGCUCUGGCAGGGUGGAGAUCUUCCACAGAGGCCAGUGGGGGACAGUGUGUGAUGAUUCUUGGGGCCUGGAGGAUGCUCAGGUUGUAUGUAGGCAGCUGGGCUGUGGUAGGGUCCUCUCUGCAUCAGCUAAUGCACGAUUUGGUGCAGGCACAGGGCCCAUCUGGAUGGAUGAGGUUGGAUGCACAGGCAGGGAAUCCAACCUGUUUGAGUGUCGACACUCAGGGUUAGGAUCUCACGACUGCAGCCACAGUGAAGACGCUGGUGUCAUCUGUCAAGACCCUGGAUUUCCUUAUUCCACACCUGCGUCAAGAACACAGACCUCUCCAGCUUUUCGGGUUAAUGUCACUGGUUCAACAGCAGUGGACAACAGCACAGGAGUUGAGGGGGAGGUCCGCCUGGUAAAUAGGAUUUAUGGCUCCUGCUCUGGCAGGGUGGAGAUCUUCCACAGUGGCCAGUGGGGGACAGUGUGUGAUGAUUCUUGGGGCCUGGAGGAUGCUCAGGUUGUAUGUAGGCAGCUGGGCUGUGGUAGGGUCCUCUCAGCACCAACUAAAGCACGAUUUGGACAAGGCACAGGGCCCAUCUGGAUGGAUGAGGUGUCAUGCACAGGCAGGGAAUCCAACCUAUUCGAGUGUCGCCAGUUAAGGUUUGGAUCUCACAACUGCGGCCACAAUGAAGACGCCGGUGUCAUCUGUGAAGAAACUCAAAGGAAUGUUCGCUUGGUUAAUGGCAAUUAUGGCUCCUGCUCUGGCAGGGUGGAGAUCCUCCACAGAGGGCAGUGGGGGACAGUGUGUGAUGAUUCUUGGGGCCUGGAGGAUGCUCAGGUGGUAUGUAGGCAGCUGGGCUGUGGUAGGGUCCUCUCUGCACCAACUAAUGCGCAAUUUGGGCAAGGCACAGGGCCCAUCUGGAUGGAUGAGGUUGGAUGCACAGGCAGGGAAUCCAACCUGUUUGAGUGUCAACACUCAGGGUUAGGAUCUCACAACUGUGGCCACAAUGAAGACGCUGGUGUCAUCUGUCAAGACCCUGGAUCUCCUUAUUCCACACCUGCUUCACUACCACAGACCUCUCCAUCCACCCCGGUAGAUGUCACUGGUUCAACAGCAGUGGAUAACAACACAGGAGUUGAGGGGGCGGUCCGCCUGGUAAAUAGGGGUUACGACUCCUGCUCUGGCAGGGUGGAGAUCUUCCACAGUGGGCAGUGGGGGACAGUGUGUGAUGAUUCUUGGGGCCUGGAGGAUGCUCAGGUGGUAUGUAGGCAGCUGGGCUGUGGUAGGGUCCUCUCCAUGCCAACUAAUACACAAUUUGGUGCUGGCACAGGGCCCAUCUGGAUGGAUGAGGUGUCAUGCACGGGAAGAGAAGCCAACUUGCCUGAGUGCCACCACUCAGGGUUUGGAUCUCACGACUGCAGCCACAAAGAAGACGCCGGUGUCAUAUGUGAAGGUAAAUUUUAGCAGCUGGAGAGUUUAUUUUACCAAUAUGGAAAUAUUAUGUUUGAUCUACAUUAACCUCCUAAGACCCGAAC